UUGAGAAGCCGAAGCGUGUAGGUGUGUACGGCGUGUGGUCAGAACUCCGUUACAAACGUUUUGUGUUAAUUGACAUUUGAAUAAACAAACGGCAAACGACGUAAAUAAAAUAAACGUGCGCUGCUCCAAAUUCCAAUUGUGCAAUUUACUUCGACUGAGAGUAAAUAAACCACCCCCGCUUGUCAAAUAUUUAUACACACCACCAUCGAAGGUUCCCCCCGCGCCCCCUCCCCUUGUUCCUUGAACAUAUGUAAAAGCAUUCAACAUUCACCGUUCAACAUAAGAACAGCAGCAGCAGCAACAACAGUUAUUGCACUGACUCCCACAACAAUUGCCACCAAUGAGGUGAAUGUACUCUCCAACUGGAGGCGAUAAACCCCCAGUAGACUAAAGCACUUGCAAUUAAGACACAGCCUUAAUUGGACUACUCAGAGGCAGCAGCAGUAGCAGCAGAAGCAGUAUCAGCAGCAGCAUCAGCAUCAUCAAGAUGCCAUCUCUGCGGCAAAAGGUCACCACAUACUUUCGACAAUUGAGUUUCGUAGCGGAGCCACGGGAUGGAGGACGGCGGCGGGUCAACGGCAACGCUGAGGAGGACGAUGCCAGCUUUAUAACCAAAUAUCUCGAGGGACGCAUGCAGCGUGUUUUUAUGCCUGGCGGACCGGAGAUCUACAAUGGCCAGAAUCCCACAGAUAUGCCCGUCCUCAAGCUGGGCCCCUAUGCCAGUGGCCCGGAUACCAUCACUGCCGCCUGCACCGGUCCCGACGAGGGCCUGACGGGCAUCAAACGCUCCAAGCUGCAUUUAAGCGCCAGCUAUGCGGAUGACAUUGACUUCAUCGACACCCAACAGGAGAACGAGGAUAGCUACGGUGUUCGCAAGAGUACACCACCAGCCACAGCCUCAGCACAAGCGACGCGCCUGAGCAACAAGUUUGCCCGUCCCACGGCGUCCAGGCGACAGAGUAAUGGUGAUCAGGGCACAACAGGUGGAUCGGGAACAGGUGGAACGGGCACCACAGCCGCUGGCAUGCGAUCCAGGAAAAACUCAAAGAGCAGCAUUGCAGCAGUGUCGUCGGCGACAGCGACUGAGAAUGGAGGCAAGGCCACCACCAUAGUAGUCAGCAUGGUCAGCAACAAUAGCGUUGCCCAGGACCAGAACAAUAAGAAUCUUAUGAAUGCCAAGACUGCGACCUCAACGACGACAGCUGGAAACGGUAAUUCGGAACGGGAGCGUCUGCUACGCGAGGCGGUCAGCAAUCAGAGUGGCACUCCUGCCCUUCCCAUGCCCCUGUCAACGCCGGUGGCCGGCGUUCGAAACUGGCAAAUGGAUUGCGAUGUCGCCUAUGGCAUCUCAGUGUCGCUUUACGAGAACAACAUGCUGAUCAAGGAGCCGAUGGGCAAUCCCAUUGCCGAUUGCUAUGGCUGUGUGGUGCGUGGCGAUGCCGCUGCCAUGGCCAUGGCCGAUGGCGUCAACUGGGGCGAUGGCGCUCGCUUAGCAGCUCGAUCCGCUGUGCAUGGCUGUCUAGACUACCUGGAUCGGGCUGUGUUUGGACAGGCGCACGAGUGCCGGGCGACCACAACACAGGAGCUGUUUGUGAGCCUGUUGCGCAGCCUUUGGGAGGGACACGGCUGCAUUCUGGAGGUGGGCGGUGCCCUGUCCACGCUGACAAUUGCUGUGGUGUUGCCGCUGGACGGUGCGCCCGGCAAGUAUGUGGUGUGUGCCUGCAAUGUGGGCGAUUCUCUCGGAUAUGUGUAUUCCAAGAAGCAUGGUGUCCGCGAAUUGACGCAGGCCUCCCACGACAUAAGUUCUAUGCGGGACAUGCGCGAUGCAUUGGGUGCUCUGGGACCAGCGGAUGGCAACAAACCGGAGCUAAGCAAUCUCACCUUCUCCAUGAGCUGCAUCGAGCGUGGCGACAUUGUGUUUCUCACCUCGGACGGCAUCAGCGACAAUUUCGAUCCGGUCGUCGGCAAAUUCGCCGAGGCUUGGACACCCGAUGUGAAGCUGCAGCAGCUGGCGCCCAAGCGCCAAAAUAAGAGCGCCUCAGCGAUCUAUGCCCGCCUGCAUCCGUCAUCGGCCACGCCGCCCAGUCGAACACGCCAACCCAAGCCGGGCAGCAGCCCGCCCAGCAAUGUGCCCAGUCGGCCCAAGUAUAUGCGCUCCCAGACCCUAAUCGAUGCACGACACGGUGUACCGGCUGCUGCUGCCCCCGCGGCUAUGCCCAUUCAGCGCAUACCAAAGUCGGCGUUAGGCCUGCCACUGGUCACCGGGCCGCAGAGACAUGCGCUUACCCUCUAUCGUCUGGAGGAUCUACUCAGCUAUGGCAUCAAUGGAACUUUCUCACCGUGCGCCUCGGCGCGGCGUCUGUGCCAUUUGUUGAUUGACUUUGUGCGAAUGAUCACCUCGGCACGUCGCAAGACCCUGGAGCAGCGAGAGCUCUUCUACAAAUUGUCCACGGGGCCGGAUGGAGUGAAGCGCGAAGUGCAGCUGAAUCGCAUGCAACAUCGAGCGGCACGCAAACGCAUCGUGGACAGCAGUGGCUUUGGCGCACUGCCGGGCAAACUGGAUCAUGCCACCGUAUUGGCCUACACCGUUGGUGGUGCAGCGCCGGAUGCUGAUGUCGAUGCAGCUGGUAUUGGUACUGUCGGUGGUGGUGGUGGUGGCGGCGGCGGUGGUGGUGGCAAUGGCAACGUGGCGCCAGUGCUGCAGUCCAAGGAGUUCAAGGAGACAACUUUUUAGGCUGCCGACACACUCUCAUCCACUAAAAAAUACGUAUUCACCAGAUCAGAUAUAAAUAUACACAUAUACCCAUUAAUACGUAGUUUUAUAUGCAUACGUAUAUAUUAUUAUUUACUUGGUAUUCGUUUAGCUUUCAUUUAAGUUGUUGAUUUUGAUUUUUAUUAUUUUUCGCAGUUUGUCAGCCAUAAUUCAUAGCCAUUUUUGAAAUGAAAAACGACAAAUUGCCUCAGAUGUUUUAAACUACUACCAAAAAAAAAAAACACAAAAAAGAAAAAACAAAACAAAAAAAUACCGAAA